CCACUAGUACAUCGUAUUAAUAGGAUUGUGAGGAGUGAAUUAGUCCUCUGGAGCUCUAUUCACAUGUUUGGUCAGUCAGGUGGUAAAGCUUCAGGGAUAGACAUGAAGGACCCACAACUACCAGUCAUCAAAACAAGGCUAUGGCCAAAGCCAAAAACGAGCAACAAGGCCAAAGAGGACUCAACGAAGGCGAAGGUGGGAAAGUCAGCAUCACCCCUGGCUUCUGCUGUCACCCGUGCCAUCCCACUGCUCACUGAGGCAGAGAGAAUCAAGCAGACUCCCAUCGAAAGGGUCGUCUAUGACAUGGCCCACAAUGAGAGGAUAAUCAGCGACCUGAUGCUCGGUCGAAGGGUUGGGUUUUACGAGCUGCGCGGAGAGGUCGGCCAGGGGAACUUCUCUACAGUGAAGCUAGGCAUCCACGCUCUGACUAAAGAGAGAGUCGCUGUAAAAAUUGUUGACAAGCUGCGUCAGGAGAAGAAGAACCAGCCUUUGGUCUCCUCUGAGAUCAGCUGCAUGGAGAAGCUGAGCCACCCCAACAUAGUGCGCCUCUACGAGGUGGUCGAGACCACCAGAAGGCUGUAUCUGGUGAUGGAGUACGGCAGCGGAGGGGACCUGUUCUCCAGGAUCACCGCCAGAGGGAAGCUCAACGACCUGGAGGCAAAGCUGGUCUUUGCACAGAUCAUCUCCGCUGUUAAACACAUGCAUGACAACAACAUUGUGCACAGAGACCUUAAAGCCGAGAACAUCUUCUACACCACCAGUUAUUGCAUCAAGGUGGGGGACUUUGGUUUCAGCACGGGAUGUGGCCCCCAUGAGCUUCUCACCAGUUUCUGUGGCUCCCCGCCUUAUGCUGCACCUGAGCUUUUCAGGCAGAAAGGCUACGUCGGACGCUAUUCGGACAUCUGGGCUUUAGGUAUUCUCUUGUACUUCAUGGUGACAGCAACUUUGCCCUUCUACGGAGAAAACCUUGGGAGGCUGAAGCGCUGCAUCCUGCAGGGAUCUUACGGCAUCCCGUCGUUCGUGCCUGAUCCCUGCCAGCUAGUCAUUAAAGGCAUGCUUCGGAUUGUGCCUGCUGACCGCUCUUCCGUCACGCAGAUUACAAACAGCACUUGGCUCAAGGGGAUAGAGUAUCCUCGCCCGUAUGCCAUUUUACCCUCGUCUCCAGCCCACUUUGCCCAGGACAAUCAGACACUGAGUACGGAGGAGCAAGAGGUGAAGGAUUUCCUGUCGGCUUUAGGUGUUUCAAAGGGUCAUCUAGAAAACAACCCAUGUUCAGACAGCAGAAGCCCGCUGACAGGGACCUACAGGAUCCUCCUCCAUCGGGCUCAGAAGAGGAGGCUAGUGGAAGCGGUGGGAUAUUCAGCGCAUCACCCUGAUGACUACCGGAGUCCUAGCAAGUGGUCAGAAACGACUGUUGGCAAACACGUUCCCUCUGCUGUCUGUGUAAUACUUUAAUUAAUAGAAGUGGACCUCUUGUGGCCUUGUCCACACUGAACUGGAUGAAUUGCAAAUCAUUGAUCAUUGUUUGUUUGCUUUUUGCAACAGCUUUGCUUUAUCCUGACUCUGUUACCAUUAAAUAUCAAAUUUAAGACGAAUAACGUAAUAAAUGAGGGAAAAAGACAAACUGUGUCACAGAAAACAUGAGCUACAAUUGAAUUAGUAGCCUAGCAUGACUUUCUCAAUGCUCGGGAUCUUAUUCUUUUGACUUUUGAAUUUUAAUGUAGUUAAUGUUGUCAUUAGCGCCACCUACUGGGGCUAUAUUUGUAUUAUAAUGUUUUAAUGGGAAUCCAAGUGUGGACUCAGAUUGCUUUUUGAAAACGCAUAACAUCCACGGUUAUCUACGAAGCACCUCCCUCUAUUCAAAUUUUGCUUCGCCGUUAUUUCACACGUGAAUCAAAGCGGCACAUGCAUGGAGGAUGACAUCUUCUAAGUAAUAAGCUGUUGCUUUCUGUUCUGAUUACGGCAAGCUUUCUGACGCAGAUCAUUAUCUCUGAAAGGCUAUCAGCAUCUUCCAAUCCCUCUUAGAACAUAAACCCCCGGAGCAAUACAAGGCCAAAUCCUAAUGAGGGAGACGCAGAGAACACGUUUGUUUUUCCAAAUGAAACAAAGUGGGGGGCUAAAAACGUGUCCAGAGAAAGAGGCGGAUUAAAUGAGUUGAUAGUUUGUGGAUCCAGUUUAGUGCCAAUGAAAAAGGUGUUGGUGAAGAUUCUCAGUCAUCCAGGUCAUGGUCAAUCCAAAAAAAGGUUAAAAAAAUAAAACUAG